CUGACGCGGCGUGCGACAGAAAGUUCAGCAAUUCCUGCGGUACGACAGGGGCGGUGCUGCGGCCGUAAAGAAGCUCCGGGAGACCACGUGGGCUUUGAGACCACCCCGGGCGACCUUGGAGGGUUUUGGCCCUGUCACUAAUGGCUGGCGGGGUGCAGGGCGGAGGGACUCGGGCCCUGGACCUGCUCCGGUCUCUGCCCCGUGUGAGCUUAGCCAACCUAAAGCCGAAUCCGGGCUCCAGGAAACCGGAAAGACGGCGAAGAGGUCAGAGAAGAGGUAGAAAAUGUGGUCGAGGCCAUAAAGGAGAGCGUCAGAGAGGAACCCGGCCCAGACUGGGCUUUGAGGGAGGCCAGACUCCAUUUUACCUUCGAAUCCCAAAAUAUGGGUUUAAUGAAGGUCAUAGCUUCAGACGCCAGUAUCAGCCUUUGAGUCUCAAUAGAUUGCAAUAUCUAAUUGAUUUGGGUCGAGUGGAUCCUACUCAGCCUAUUGACUUAACUCAGCUUGUCAAUGGGAGAGGUGUGACUGUCCAGCCACUUAAACGGGAUUAUGGUGUCCAACUGGUAGAGGAGGGUGCUGACACCUUUACGGCAAAAGUUAAUAUUGAAGUACAGUUGGCUUCAGAAUUAGCCAUUGCUGCAAUCGAAAAAAACGGUGGUGUUGUUACUACAGCCUUCUAUGACCCCAGAAGUCUAGAAAUUCUGUGCAAACCUGUUCCAUUCUUUCUACGUGGACAACCCAUUCCAAAACGAAUGCUUCCGCCUGAAGCACUGGUACCGUAUUAUACUGAUGCAAAGAAUCGUGGUUACCUGGCCGAUCCUGCCAAAUUUCCUGAAGCAAGACUUGAACUUGCCAAGAAGUAUGGCUAUGUUUUACCUGAUAUCACUAAAGAUGAACUCUUCAAAAUGCUUAGUACUCGAAAGGAUCCAAGGCAGAUUUUCUUUGGUCUUGCGCCUGGAUGGGUGGUGAAUAUGGCAGAUAAGAAAAUCCUAAAACCUACAGAUGAAAAUCUCCUCAAGUAUUACAGUUCAUGAAUUUCCUUCCAAGAAAGCAGAGUUGUAAAAGUUCUGGAAGAAAAUGGACCGAAACGUACAUAUUUCUCAUCAUCUUGUCUUGAUUUGUGAUUCUCUAGAUGUUGAUGUUAAUUUUCCAUGUAGCCCUAUUUCCAUUUUUAUCUAAAAUUGAAAUAAAAAAUGGAAUAAGCAAGG